UUCAUCCGCCGCCGGGUCCCGUUCUUCACGGCUGACCGGGCUGAUUUCUUCCCCGCUGGCUCCGCGGCCGGGCCGCUUUCUUCGCGGCUCACCGGGCUCAUUUCCUCCCCGUCGACUGGCUGCCUUCCGCCGCCCUGUUCGUCUGCCCUCAUUAGUCCAUCAAGAUGACUAAUUCCGCACGCCGUCACCAGAAAUCUCCAAGCUUUCAUAAAACCAACUCUGAUGAAAGUUGUAGUGUGGACAUGAGUGAUAGUGAUGUUUCCUCUCAAUCAAAAUCAACCAGGAAUAGCCGUAGAACAUCUUCGAAGAAACUUAAGAGAGCUACUACCGCCGAAGUUAAGCAGACCAUCAACUGGAAAUGCGAUCCAGUGAAGAUACGCGACAUUAUAAAACAACUAUGUCCAGAACAGCUAAAAUGGAUAGAAGAAUUGGGAUUUGGAUCACUCAUCGACAUGAUUGAGUGCAAGUUACCAAGAAAGCUAACUAUAUGGCUGAUGAAAAGAGUUGACUGUGACAGCAAGUGUCUAGUAUUCAGAAACAAGAAGGUUUCUAUAGUACAUGCUGUUGAAAACCUGUUGAAGUUACCUGCUCUUGAUAAAGCAGUUCCAAUGCCCCGUCCCGGUAGGGUUCGUGACAAGCCUUUUAGAGGUAAAACUGAAUUCAAUCUGCUACGGCCGGAAGAGGAGAAUCACUAAAGGAAGCGACAGACAUGAUGCUAACAUACAAAGAGGAGAAAGACAAGGACAAGUUUUGCUCAUGUUUCAUGAAAGUCAUCCUAUGCGCCUACUUAGCUCCAACGACUGGUUACCAAAUUAAUAGAAGUUACCUGCUAGGAGCUUUGAAGGACUUGAGCGACAUACCUCGUAUGAAUUGGUGUCGUUUUGCUGCUGACUACCUUAUCGAUGCAAUUCGUGACUCAAGGGGAAACAAAGUGCACAACCUGAACGUCGGUGGAUGCGUUCAUAUUCUACAUCUCAUAUAUGUGGAUCUACUUAAAUCAGAUUUAGUAACAAUACCCGAGGGUUACCCAAGGAUUAAAUGUGUGAGCUCGGUAGUACUGGAACAAAUCGAUAAUACUGGAAAAAAGAAGACACAAGACCAUUGCAAGUUCUUUGAGAGCUUACUGGACGAUGAAAAGUUAGAAAAUUUCCCAACUGUGGAAGACCAUGAUGAUGAUAUUGAUGAUAACGCAAAAUCUACACAUUCCAUGCCACUAGUUACAGCUACUAUAAGUAAUGUACCUUGCCAAGAGAAACAUAAACUUCCGCAAAAGGUAGUACAAACUUCAAAGAAGCGCCCGUCAGAUCAAUCUAUAGAUGAGAAUUUGAUCAAACGGAUUAAGAAGCUUGAAGACCACUACACAGCCGAGCGACAAAAGUUGAUAACUUUGUCUAAACGCAAGCUUCAAAACAAUCUGCAACAGCUUGAAAUAAAGAAAACGAAGGAAAUGGCAGCCUUGGUCCAGGAAGAGAUUCAUAAGGCUAUGUUACCAAUGAAUGAUGACGCACGUGCAGGAAGUUCUCUGCAUAAUGAUGAUCCCACUUUGACCAAAGGAAGUAUAGGAACAGAAAGUCCAUGUCACUCCAAUCUAGAUGAAGUUGUUCUGCUUUCUGCCAAGUCUGCUCAGUGUGGUCACCAAACUAGCACUCAUGUUGAUGCCAUCCCACAAUUGACAGCUGGCACACCUUCAUCUCCAACGUUCAUGAAUGGAAUAGUACAAAUUGGUACUCAUGAAUCACCACCAGCAACUAAUUUGGUGAACAAAGAAAAUGUCAAACUGGACAAUUUCCAUCCCGCUUCAUCAUUUGUUGGUCAGAUUACUCAGUACGAGCCUUCUUCUUCUAAAGAAAUUAUUCCCACCGAUCAGAUUGUUCAGGCUGAACCUGCUGCUUGUAAAGAUCCAUUUGUGGAAAGACAAGAGACCAUAGAAAGACAAGAUACUUUUGUUGCCAAUGUUCUACCGGCGUCAAAUAUAUGUGCGGUUCCACAUCAGCCAGAUUUAGUCCCUGCAGUCAUCAUUCCCACAAGUCCUUUUAUCCUUCCAAACAAGGAUGGCGACCAAGUCCAUUCACAUAUUGUUCAAGCUGAGAAAAACAACAUACCGAGUGAAGAUUCAUCAAUGCUGAAGAUUGUUGGUACUGAUGUUCAAGCGGACACUGCUUCUGUUGUACCUGUUAGUACUAAUAUCACUGGGCCUGGACAGGGCAACCCAGGGGAUCAACCAGAGAGUAAUGUAUUUGUUGUUGAACAUGCAAAACAGGAUUCCACAAUAAAUGUUUUGCAUGAAGUACGUAAUACCGUUACUACGCCAACAACUGUUGAUGUAAUUCCGGAUACUGACUUCAUUGCUCCAAAAUCAACAGAAUCUGCAUCUGAAAUACUUGUUGCUGAUGCACAUAAAGCUACAAAUAUGGAUAGUUUGGCACACAAUGCUGCCUCAGAUGUUAUUCAACUACAACAUACAGACAAGACGACACUUGAAGAUGAAUUUCAGAACCAAUCGAAUAAGCAAUUUGGAAAUCUUGAUGUCAGCAAAAAUGAAAUUGAAUCGAAGAAAGAUAUUAAAAUUGCUGAUAGUCAUGCCACUUUAAAAGAUGUUGCAGAUAUUUCUUCACCACCUUUAUCCAUAGAAAUAGUUGGUGAUGUAUCAAUUAUGUCAGUCAGUCAAAUGACCAGGGAAUAUGAUAGGAUGAAUGUACCAGGAGCUGCUACUAUUGAUACUACUGAACAUAUUGCUGCAUCUACGCUACACGAAGUCUCAAGACCUGAAGAUACUGACAAGCUUAUUCAGCCUCAACAUAUUGUUUUCGAAACUUCAGUUCUCCCCGACCACAAAUCCUCCAGUUUGGAUGUUUUGUAGAUAGACCAUUCAAAUUUACC